AGAUCAUGUUGAUACACAUUCAAAAGAAGAGGAAUCUACAGACAUGGAUGAAAAGGCAGACACUGAUUCAGACAGCUCAGAUGGGGAUUCUGCUAGUGUGGAAAAGAAAGAUUCUGAUGAUGCACCUGAUGAUGCAAAUACUACAGAAGACACGGCUGAUUCAUCUGACAAGGAUUCUUCAGACACAGCUGAGCAGCAGGACUCUGAUGAUUCUGACAAAGACAAAACAGAUUAACACAAAGAUGAAAAGAGUGGCGAGAAAGACGAGAAAGACACUGGUAAUGACUCCAGUAAAGACUCAGAAGACGAGGGUCAAGAAACCUCUGAGACGCCAGACAAAAGCGACUCAGACACUGAUGAGGUGAAACUUUCAGACGACUCCAAAGACCAGGAUUCAGAAUCGAAAGACACUGACAGCACGGAGAAGAAAGAGAAGGAGCAGGACUCUGACAGCGACGCAGACACCAGCAGCGAUCAAGACACGGCAGAUUCCCCUGAUGCAGCAGACGCCAAGGACAGCGCUGAGGAUAAAGACAGGGACAGCAGCGACCCGAAAGACACUGAAGAUGAUGGAGACAGUGAGAAGGACGCCAAUGAGAAGGAGGACACCAAUGAGACGGGCAGCGAUAGCAAUGAGGGAAAAGAUAAAGAGGAGCAAUCCAAACCAGACGAGCAGGACAAGGAAGACAGCAGCUCAAAAGAAGACGUCACAGCCAGUCAGUCUGACGAAAGUCCACUGGAGGAAAUGACAGAAGACAAGCAGGAAGACAACCCUGAGUCUGACAGCUCCAGUCUAAACUCAAAUUCAGACUCAGACUCUGACAGCAAAGAUAAAGAGCAGGACAAAGAGAAGAACAGCACAGAGUCCACAGACACAGAAAGCUCCGACAGCGACAGCAAGAGCGACACGGACAGCUCUGAAACAGGAGGGGAAGAUACUGAUGAAGACAAUGACUCCAGCGUGGAAAAGGAGAAACAAGAGUCUCCUGAUGGUGCAUCAAUAGAGACAAAUGACUCUGACUCCAGCGAUGAUCAUGACAAUGACUCAACAGAUGCUACAACAUCAAACGAGGAACACACUGACGAAAACACUGAUGCAGACAGCCAUGACGCUGCAGACGAUGAUGAUGAAGUCAGGGUUGAAGAUGGCACAGACGCUGCUUCUAAAACACACGAUGAACCAGAUCAUCUUGAUGACACAAUACAAGGAUCAGAUGAUGGCAGCAAAACCCCUAUGCCAAGCUCCUAGCGACCAGGACUCUACAAAAACACUGUAACAGAUUUUUCCUGGAGAGACGUAAAAAGCUCCACCUGAGACAGUCAAGAUAACCAGAGUUUCACAUCCCAUUAAAACACAUUGACACGUCCCUCUAGUCCUUUCUCUCUCUCUCUCUCUCUCUCUCUCUCAUAUGGUGAAGGUUCCUUUCUAAGGGUUCUGGGAUGCAGAUUAAAUUAUUUGGCUGUUUGCUGUACAUUCCAUUUUUUAACCUUGUCCUAAUUCUAGAACUUUUGUAUCGUUUGAUAUAUUAAUUUGACCAAAUUUAGAUGGAAAUGCAUGAUGAACAGUGAGGUUCUGGAACUGCGUAUCUCAUGCAUUUGUCUGUUUGCGUAGGGCCUAAAUAUAUUUUGUUUUGAGUGACACAUUAAACUUAGAGAGUAGAACUAAAAGAAGGAAUUUUGAGAAAGCUACACGAUUUGGGUCUGGUGAAAAUGUUGAUCUGUCAAACCUGUGAUGGUUCCACUGGUUUGGCCACAUGGUGUCCCCAUCUUUGGCACUGACUGAAAGACUGCAGCUGCUACAACGAGAACCUUCCCUCUUGCUCUCAGAUAAACGCCGGCCUGAAAUGUCACAGAAUGAGAUAUUUUCUGCCCACCCAAUGAUUUGAGACUGUACAGACAAUUUCUGAUAGAAUCUCUGAUGUCUAUGUCUCUGUGGAGGAAUACUAAUAAACUAGCAAUGUAAGAGCACAGAUUGUUCUGAAAACUGUCAAAAAAAA